AUGGCAGUCGCACGACCAAAAGCCGAUGCUAAUGGUGAAUUUCUUCAACAACGAUAUACUGAAUUAAGUGAUGUUAUUUGUGCAAGAAAUAAAAUUGAAGAUCGUCUUCUUAAUGUUCGAUUAAAAUUUUAUGAACGUGAAAAAAAAGUACGUUUAAAUAUCAUACGUAGAGAACAACGUCAAUUAGAACGUGUACGUACAUCAUUAUAUAAAGAAACUAGUAGAGUUCAAGUUGAACAACAAACUAUUAUAUUACCAUCAUGGAUGCUUUGUAGACCAAAAUUAGAAAAUCAAAUAUUUCGAUUAACAGCACCAGAAAUGAUUGUUAAUGAUUGGAAAUGGAAUUCUACUGCAAUUCAAUCAGAUAUAGUUCCACCGAAUACAGCUGAUAAUAGUCGCUCCAAUACAACUCGAUAA